AAUGCAACCGGGCGGUCUGGCCAGGAUAAGUUUCAUGGCCAUGCCGCGGAUUCUGCCGCGGUCGUGAACUUAAGCGGGUUACUAAGUAUGCAAGUGGACAGCAUUCCAAAGUCCAUGAACCUGGUAUUCCAUCCCACGGUAGAUAUGAACCUGUCCGGGGUGGAGUUGGCAGUUGCUGCUUACAUUUUCAACAGAGAUCUUCCAGAGAGUGAGGUUCUUAUUGACAUUGGGGACUGCUUUGCAAGUAGGGGAGCGCUGAUAACUCUCGCCCCGAAAGAGGAGGUUGUUGACGAUGUACUGAAUGUAGUUAUUCGUAUGCUGACAAAUGGAUCGCAGCGCAGUUGUUGGUUCCUUCCCACAGUGGUCAUGCAAGCGGCACUUGGUGGUCGCUCGCUAACGUCGGCGAACAUGACGUCGAUACGCAACAACUACAUGCGCAGCAAGGUGGACCAGACGACGAAGGUUUACCAGCCCAUGUGGUGUGAUCAACACUGGUACCUUAUGAUUAUCGACAUCCCGCGAAUGAAGUUAGUGUAUCUAGACUCACUCCGAGAUCUGCGUGAAGCAGAUGCAAGGAAAACUGUGAUGGUUCGGGUGGCACUUUACCUUGAAGGUUUGACGCUGGGAAAGUCAUUGCUAUCGGGGCCUGAGGCGCUGCGUCCUAGGUUCUCAGCCUUCGAGUUCGAGGAGCCGGAGGUGCCUCAACAAGCGGGGGACUCCAUGGACUGUGGCGUGUGGGUAGCACAGUGGAUGAUUCGAGAGCACCUGUGGCAAGAUCACGGGGUACAGAAUGUCAACAAUGCGACUAGGAUGCGGUUGGCAGUGGAUUUGGUGAUGAAGUCUCACAACGACCUAGGAGAAGAUGCUGUUUCCAAAGCAGUCCGGCAUUGGCAACAGAAAGCAGCCUAGACUGAAGCCAUUUUGGGUUGGAAAUGGGUUUACUGGUAUCAUGUUUUGUUUGGGUACGUUCCGUGGAUUUGGCCAGUUGGCAGGGCAGUCUACUAGAUCAGACCGUCAUAAACAUGCACACCAACGCAAUGUGUUGCAUUGGAGUUGGGUGAAAAUUUAGUAUCUGCAUUGUUUUGAUGAUGUAAUCUUUGAAAGUUAUGCUCAAAACCUCUACCUGAAGCAGUUUUGUUUUGGAUGUAUAUGCAAACCGUUAUAUUUCC